UAUUAUUAUAAUACAUAUACAAAAUGGCUCCUGUUGUUACUCCCGAAAUCACAUCCAACAUUCGUUGGGUCGCUCAAAUGAACGUUGAUGUCGAGCCUGCUGCUGGUCGUAAAACCACUGUGAUUGGUACCAUUGGUCCUAACACCAACAGUGUUGAAAUGAUUACCCAACUUCGAAAUGCUGGUUUGAACGUUGUCCGUAUGAAUUUCUCUCAUGGUUCUCAUGAAUACCAUAAAUCUGUUAUUGAUAAUACCCGCAAGAGUUUCGAACUCUAUCCUGGUCGUCCCGUUGCUAUUGCUCUCGACAAUAAGGGUCCCGAGAUUCGUACAGGUAACAUGGAGGAUAACAUCGAGAUCCCUAUCUCUAUCGGCCAUGAGAUGAUUUUCAGUGUUGAUGAAGAAUAUGCAGAAAAGUGUAACGGUGAAGUUAUGUACAUUGAUUACAAGAACUUACCCAAGGUGAUUGAAGUUGGUAAGACUGUCUUUAUCGAUGAUGGUGUACUCUCAUUCGAGGUACUCGAGGUCCUUGAAGAUAGCAUCCGUGUUGUUGCCAAGAACAAUGGUAAACUUUGUUCUCACAAGGGUGUUAAUUUACCAAGCACCAACGUGGAUUUACCCGCUCUUUCCGAAAAGGAUAUUACCGAUUUAAGAUUUGGUGUUGAACAAAAGGUUGAUUUUGUGUUUGCUUCAUUCGUUCGUAGUGGUCAAGAUGUAAAAGAUAUCCGUAAGGUUUUGGGUGAAGACGGUAAAAACAUCAAGAUUAUCUCCAAGAUCGAGAACCAUCAAGGUGUUGACAAUUUCGAUGAUAUUCUUCAAGAAACUGAUGGUGUUAUGGUUGCUCGUGGUGAUAUGGGUAUUGAAAUUCCUCUCGAACGUGUCUUCAUUGCUCAAAAGAUGAUGAUUACCAAGUGUAACUUGGUCGGUAAGCCCGUUAUCUGUGCUACUCAAAUGUUGGAAUCAAUGACCUACAAUCCCAGACCCACCCGUGCCGAAGUUUCUGAUGUGGCUAAUGCAGUAUUAGAUGGCGCUGAUUGUGUCAUGCUCUCUGGUGAGACUGCAAAGGGUAAUUACCCUAUCGAUGCAGUAAAGACCAUGCACGAAAUCUGUAAGCUUGCUGAAACCGUCAUUUGCUAUCCUGCUGUCUUCAAUGACCUUCGUUCUCUUACUGCUUUACCCACUGAAACCACAGAAACCGUAGCAUGUGCUGCCGUUGCUGCAGCUCACGAACAAAAUGCUGGAUGUAUCAUUGUCUUAUCUAAGUCUGGUAACUCUGCUCGUUUGAUCUCUAAGUACAGACCUCAUGCACCUAUUAUUGUUGUUACUCGUAACUAUCAAACUGCCCGUCAAGUCCAUCUUCAUCGUGGUUGUUUCCCCUUCUACUAUCCCAAAGCAUCUUCUGCUGCUGCUCUCUUAUCUGCUAACGAGCAUAACACUCCUCAUUUAAGUCCUGCUGACAACGCACCAUGGCAAGACGAUGUUGAUUCCAGAAUCAAGUGGGGUUUGGAACAAGCUAUGAAAUACGGUUUACUCAAGGGUGGUCAACCUGUUGUUGCCGUUCAAGGCUGGAAGGGUGGUCUUGGUCACACAAAUACUCUCCGUGUUAUUUACUCUCCUGCAAAAUAAGUCUAUACUUGUUUGCUCUUUUUCUGUUCUAUAUAAUCUUUGCUUUUCAGUAUGCAACCCAAAAAAAAACAUUCCCCCCUUUAAGAAACUCAAUAAGAGUUUGUCUCCACAUAUACAUGAAAUAAAGAAAAACUAAAUUUUUAUGCAUUAUAAUCAAACAAGAAAAAAA